AUGAAUCAACUAGAUUUAAGUUCAAUUACUUUGUUUUAACAUAAAGAAGAUAAGGAUUCUCUUAAAUAAUCAGAUACUCUUAUUCCAAUUCAACCAAGAAAAUUAAGAUCGUUUAAUUAAUUAAGAAAUAAAAAGGUUUGCCAUUCAAUCUAAUCCAAAAAAAAAGAUUAAGAAGUCUCAAUAUGCAGUAAUGAUAGAUUUGCUUAGUUUCCAAAAAGUUUUGAAUAAAAACACUCUUUUAAAUCCAUUAUGGAGCAGUACUUCUAAUAAUUAAAUUAAAAAAAAAAAAAACCAAGAUAAAACUCAGAAAAAACUACUAGAAUGAGAAAUUAUUCCAAUUAUAUUGAUGUUUCCAAUCUGAAAAACCCCAAAAAGUCUGGAAAUGAGAUUCUUAUUCAAGACUUUAGUAAUAACUCUAAUAGAUAAAUAAAAUUAUCGGAUAUGUGCAAAGACAUAAUGAUCUAUAACCCUCUAAAAAAUUAAUCUUCCUAUUUUCCAAAAUUAAAAUUUCACUUUCAUAUUAAAUGA